AUGAUUGAGGACGACAUAUAUCGCACUUCUUCUCAGUUCCGAUUAUGGUCAUACACAUCAUCGUCCCUCAGCGCCUUGCGCGACAAGACAAAUAUAAUAGCUAGUGGUCGGGUCCGAGCUGCCUUGCAGCGGGCUCGUUCCACUCUGCCAUCUGCUACGCCUUCUGCAGCCGGAACACCACAGCCAGGGAGCGAUAGCGAAGCAGGAAAGCAAAAUGAGAAGGAGAUAGAAUGUCUGACGCCGGAGGAGGAGCUUGUUCUGGUCCGCUACUACUGUGAGAAAACGCUGGAGUUAGGCGAAACUUACAAGCCGCCACUGCCGACGAUGGUCCGAGCAACUGCAAUCCAAUAUCUCCGCCGCUUUUACCUCACCAAUUCUCCAAUGACCUAUCACCCGAAAUCAAUCAUGGCAUGCGCGCUCUUCCUCGCAACCAAAACCGACAACUACUAUAUGUCCCUACGGCAGUUCGCAGACGGUAUUCCUGGAGACACAUCCACAGAAGACGUUAUAUCCCCCGAGUUCUUGCUCAUGCAAGGCCUGCGCUUCACAUUUGACGUCCGCCAUCCGUUCCGUGGACUAGAAGGUGGUGUCAUGGAGCUUCAGGCCAUCGCACAAGGACAAGGCCAGCCCGGACCUCAUCUCCUACACCAAUCGCCACAUCAACUUCUGCAAAAGCUGCAAUCCAUUGCACCUCCUCCCUUCCAAUCCUCCUCAUUAUCAGAUCGCAUUGCUCGCGCCCACGGAAUAACCCGCGAGAUUCUCAAAGCCGCUGCCCAAAUGACAGACGCCUACUUCCUUUACACACCUUCACAGAUCUGGCUCUCGGCUCUCCUUCUCGCUGAUAGACCCCUCGCGGAGUUUUACCUUGAUACCAAACUCGGUGGGCCUCUCGCUACAACUACGGCUAGUGGUGCAGAUCAAUCGGAUCUCCAGAACCCUCUCUAUGAGCUCCGCUCCAAGCUUCACAAGGUCUUGACAGACUGCUCUUCCCUCCUCCAGGCUUAUACUACCUUGUCUUCGGACCCAAGUCAGAUGAAGGAUUUGAAGCGCAUUGCGAAGAAGCUCUAUCACUGUCAGAAUCCUGAAAAGGCUAAUCUGGCCCAGAAGCGUGACUCUGCUCAGCCACAAGCUGUGUCAAAUGUGACAUCUGAGAGUGAAUCUGAGCGUCUGGCGAAGAAGCGGAGGUUAGAAGAGAAAGCACGCAGUGGCGCUUCGGAUAUGUUUGGUCCUGAGCUGGUCACUGAGAGGACCAAGCAAUAA